UCCGGUUUGAAGUCUGCUUGAUAAUUAAAGGCAGGAAGAGCCCCUGCGUGGGGUCGACGCCAUUUUAGACAUCUUGACGUUUGUACAGGGCGGAGUUGUGGAGUACAUUUUUCUCGGAUAUAUUAUCUUACGGAGCCCUUUAGAGGGUUCUGAAAACAAGAGAGCAUGGCUACUGAUAAAGUAACACUAGGGGAUGCUUUAUCCAAUGUCGAUGUUUUGGAUGAAUUUACUCUUCCUGAUGAGCAACCAUGCAUCGAAGCUCAGCCCUGCUCUGUUGUCUAUCAAGCCAAUUUUGAUACAAAUUUCGAAGAUAGAAAUGGUUUCGUUACGGGUAUUGCCAAAUAUAUUGAAGAGGCUACAGUUCAUGCAAGUCUGAAUGAACUUUUGGAGGAAGGCUUGGAACAUGCUGUUAUGCUGUAUACAUGGAGAUGUUGUUCCAGAGCUAUUCCACAGCCAAAAUCUAAUGAACAACCAAACCGUGUUGAAAUUUAUGAAAAGACUGUAGAGGUUUUAGCUCCAGAAGUCAACAAACUGUUGAACUUCAUGUAUUUCCAAAGAAAAGCAAUAGAAAGAUUCUCAGCGGAAGUAAAACGUUUGUGCCACCAUGAGAAGAGAAAAGACUUUGUUUCAGAAGCAUAUCUGCUCACAUUAGGAAAGUUUAUUAAUAUGUUUGCUGUUCUUGAUGAAUUGAAAAACAUGAAAUCCAGUGUGAAAAAUGAUUAUUCCACCUACAGAAGGGCGGCGCAGUUUUUGAAAGUCAUGUCGGAUUCACAAACCCUACAAGAGUCGCAAAAUCUUUCAAUGUUCUUGGCAACGCAAAAUAAAAUUCGCGACACGGUCAAGGAGAAUCUUGAAAAAAUACCGGGCUACGAGGAACUCCUGGCCGACGUGGUGAACAUUUGCGUUCACAUGUUUGAAACCAAAAUGUAUCUCACGCCCAAUGAGAAGCAUAUGUUAGUAAAGGUUAUGGGUUUUGGACUGUUUCUUAUGGACAGUGAAUUAUGCAAUAUCAAUAAGCUUGAUCAAAAGAAAAAAUUGAAAUUAGACAGAAUUGAUAGAAUCUUUAAGAAUCUAGAAGUGGUACCUCUCUUUGGAGACAUGCAAAUUGCUCCAUUCAAUUAUAUUAAACGCUCUAAGCAUUUUGAUGUGUCCCGAUGGCCGUUAUCGUCUUCCUCUAAUAGUAUGAGCCCGCAGGCGGACUUGAUGGUACAUCUGCCUCAAAUUCGUGACGAUCACGUCAAAUAUAUAAGUGAACUAGCGAGAUAUAGUAACGAGGUAACUACAACGUAUAAAGAAUGUGGAAGUGAUUCUGAGAACAGAGAAACAUCAGAAUUAGCACUGAGGGGAUUGCAAUUACUUUCUCAAUGGACCAGUGUCGUUACUGAGCUGUACAGUUGGAAAUUGUUACAUCCAACUGAUCACCAUAUGAACAAAGAGUGUCCUCAGGAAGCCGAAGAAUACGAGAGGGCGACACGGUAUAAUUAUACGGAUGAAGAAAAAUUUGCUUUGAUCGAAGUCAUAGCUAUGAUAAAGGGUCUGCAAGUUCUCAUGGCAAGAAUGGAAACAGUAUUCAUCGAUGCUAUUCGUAGAAACAUUUAUGCGGAACUGCAGGAUUUCGUACAACUUGCAUUGAGGGACCCGUUAAGAAAAGCGAUAAAAAACAAGAAGGAUCUUAUUAGGAGCAUCAUAGUUUCUGUGAGGGAGACUUGCGCAGAUUGGCAUUUUGGGGUGGAACCAUUGGGAGAUCCUGCAUUAAAGGGAAAGAAGGAUCCUGACAAUGGAUUUGGUAUAAAAGUGCCAAGACGAAACGUUGGACCAUCUUCCACUCAACUUUAUAUGGUGAGAACAAUGUUGGAAUCUUUGAUAGCUGACAAGAGUGGUGGGAAGCGUACAUUAAGAAAGGAUAUCGAUGGGCAAUAUCUUGUACAAAUUGAUCAGUUUCACAAAACAAGUUUCUACUGGAGUUAUCUAUUAAACUUCAGUGAGUCUUUACAGAAUUGCUGUGACUUAUCACAGCUUUGGUAUCGUGAGUUUUACUUAGAGAUGACUAUGGGCCGUAAAAUUCAGUUUCCGAUUGAGAUGUCGAUGCCCUGGAUUCUGACAGAUCACAUUCUCAGAAGUAAAGAACCUUCUAUGAUGGAGUACGUUCUCUAUCCAUUGGAUCUAUAUAAUGACAGUGCUCUGUACGCGCUCACCAUAUUCCGCAAGCAAUUUCUUUACGAUGAAGUUGAGGCAGAAGUGAAUCUAUGCUUUGAUCAAUUUGUUUAUAAGUUAAGCGAGCAGAUAUUCGCACAUUACAAACAGCUGGCAGCGAGUAUUUUACUUGACAAGAGAUUUCGCGUGGAAUGCGUUGCUCUUGGUGCAUAUCUACUUCCAUAUCCGCGAGCAAACAGAUACGAGACAUUGCUCAAACAAAGACACGUACAACUUUUGGGAAGAAGUAUUGAUUUAAAUAAAUUGAUCACACAACGCAUUAAUGCUGAUAUGCAAAAAUCUCUGGACUUGGCGAUCAGCAAAUUUGAAUUUGGAGAUAUUACCGGUAUUGUGGAACUGGAUGGUCUCUUACAAGUAAAUCGUUUGACGCAUAAACUUUUGUGCAAGUGGCUGGCAUUAGAUGAAUACGAUGCAAUGUUCAGAGAAGCGAAUCACAAUGUCUUGGCACCUUAUGGUAGAAUCACUUUACAUGUCUUUUGGGAACUCAAUUAUGAUUUUCUACCAAAUUAUUGUUACAACGCCGCCACGAAUAGAUUUGUUAAAUGUCGUGGAUUGCAAUUCGUACAACCGGUUCAGAGAGAUAAGCCGCCACAAAUGUCGCAUCAUUAUCUUUGGGGUAGUAAACACUUGAAUUUGGCGUACAGCACGCAAUACGGUCAAUAUUCCGGAUUUGUUGGUCCAUAUCAUUUCCGUACUAUAUGCAAACUUCUGGGAUAUCAGGGUAUUGCUGUUGUGAUGGAGGAGCUAUUGAAAAUUGUCAAACCGCUUAUUCAAGGUAGCUUGCUACAAUUUACAAAAACACUGAUGGAGGCAAUGCCCAAGGUUUGCAAGCUGCCGAGAUACGAUUACGGUUCUCCUGGAGUACUGGGAUACUAUCACGCUCAACUAAACGACAUAGUUCAAUAUCCUGACGCGAAAACCGAGCUAUUUCACAAUUUUCGUGAAUUUGGAAAUACUAUACUGUUCUGCCUCUUGAUGGAGCAGGCUUUAUCUCAGGAAGAAGUCUGUGACUUGCUGCAUGCAGCACCGUUCCAAAAUAUCUUACCAAGGCCUUAUUGCAAAGAUGGAGAGAAACCAGAGACUAAACAAAAACGACUGGAAGCAAAGUACGCUGCACUUCAGAUUGUUCCUAACGUCGAUAAAUUAGGAACUGCCAAACAAGCGAUGAUCGCGCGCGAGGGAGACUUGUUAACCCGCGAGCGACUUUGUUGCGGCCUGUCAAUCUUCGAAGUGGUACUGAGUCGGUUGCGAAGCUUUUUAGACGAUCCUAUAUGGGUAGGACCACCACCAGCAAAUGGUGUAAUGAACGUGGACGAGUGUACAGAAUUUCAUAGACUGUGGAGCGCGCUUCAAUUUGUCUAUUGUAUACCCGUUGGAGAGACCGAAUUCACUGUCGAAGAAUUGUUUGGCGAGGGUCUACAUUGGGCAGGGUGCGCAAUGAUAGUUCUCUUGGGACAGCAAAAACGAUUUGAAGCUUUAGAUUUCUGCUAUCAUAUUCUCAGAGUACAACGCGUCGACGGGAAGGAUGAGAAUGUCAAAGGAAUUCACUUGAAGAGGAUGGUGGAUCGUAUCAGACGUUUUCAAGUAUUGAAUUCCCAAAUCUUCGCCGUGCUCAACAAGUACUUGAAGAGUGGUGACAGCGAUACAACCAGUGUCGAACACGUCCGUUGUUUCCCUCCGCCAUCACUUGCACAUGCACAACAACAACAUUAUCACGCGCCCGAAUAUUUACGUCAGGUUAAUCACCCAUAAGAUACGGAGAAUGCGCAACCGACGGCGGCCGGUUCGCUACUGUCUAUUACUAUUACUUAGCAGAAGUGGCGAAGUAAGGGAGGGGCUUACACGCUGCGCUAAACCUAUAAACACUGGGCCAAGGGAUGUAGGGAAACAAAAUGAAAACGUCCUGACGUCUUUGUACCUUGAAAAAGGCAACGAUAAGUUGUAUUUCAAAUGUCUCUUUUUUUUAAAGAAUGUAUAUUCUCCGAGGCGAACUAUUUAUUUGUUCACCGUUAUAUAAUUUUUUUUCCUUUAAUAUUGAAUCCGAUUGUUCGGUAGUAUUUAAUCAUUAUUUGAAAUUAAGCCUUAAGUAUUUAUCGAGAGUAAAAUAGUAUCAGUGAAUUAGAUUGUAUGUAUUAUUUUUAUUACUUUCAUUUGGACGAGUCAUGCAUUCGUGCAUGUCGAUUCGUUUAAUGUAAAUAUAAGUAGCUGAACAAUUUUACCUUUGCCAAAUGAAUUUUUUUUACUGUUCCGGAGCGAAGGUUCGCACGUUUGUGGCUUAUGUCGUGAAAAAAUUAUGUGGUGCUUUCUGAUGAUUCAUGUAUUGCGGGAUACUUAUUGUUGAACCUGUUAGUAUCAUUAGAUAUAUAUGUAUAUCACGAACAAUUUUACCUUUACUACUACGUACAAAUGAAAAUUCCGAUUUCUAUGCUGCAGAAUAAGUAUAAGAAAAUGAAAAUUGGACGUCGAAUAUUUGUAUUUCUUUUAUUUGUGAUCCACAUGCCGUUAUUAUCCGAGUAAGAGCUGGCACAUAGGAAUGAUCAGUAACGAAUGAUAACGAGAAUAAAAUAAGAUAAUAAAAUAAAAAAUGAUAACGAAA